AUGGUUUCUCGAUUUGAUUUGAUUUGGAAUCUUCAAGUUGAAGGUCGAGAAAUAGAAAAAAAGCAUGCACAGAAUCGAGCUGUCCUUGAGAAUAUUCUGUCAGCACAUAUUGCUGAAUAUAUCCUCAAAGAAAAUCAAAUGCAAAGCGCUGAAUUAUAUUCGGAAGCUCGUGAAAAUGCCGUGAUAGUAUUUAACACAAUUAAUGAAUUCGAUAAAUUUUAUAUGGAAUUGGAUGCUAACAACAAAGGUGUAGAAUGCUUAAGACUUCGCAAUGAAAUUAUCGUCGAUUUUGAUACAGUAAGCUGCUAUUACAACACAGUGCAUAUUAUUAUUGGAUUAGAAUUUGUUUUAGUCACAAUUGAAAUAAAAAUGCUUAACUUGAAUCUAAAUCCUUAUUAA